AUGGCGCCCCGCAGCCUCGCGUUUGCCGCCGUGCUCGUGGCGCUCGCGGCCACCGCCACUGCCGCAUACCGCCCCGAGCCCCCAUCCUGGAUGGCCGACAACGAGUUCCCCUACGCCUCCAUGUGGUCCCAGGCCACGGGCAAGCGCGCUGCCGGCGCCGCGUCCAAGGGCGCGCAUCGGGACGAGUGGCACCCGGCGCGCGCUGAGCUGGCGCCUGUCUCCAAGACUGCCUCCACCACCCUGGCCCGCUCCAAGGGCGAGGGCGCAUACCACGCAGUCAGGUACCUCGUGGACCCCGAGCGCCAGGAGGAGUUUGUUGACGCGUGGCGCGAGUUUGAGAAAGACACCUUGGACAACGAGAAGGGCGUGAGGGUGUUUGACCUGAAGAAGACCGUUGACGACGACGUGGGUUUUAUCAGCUACGGCGAGUGGAAGAGCUUCGAAGACUGGGUGGACCACUUCAAGAGCGACCACGCCGAGAAGUUCAUGGACCGCCUGCGUGACCUGGACAUCCCAUUCAACCUGCAGCCCCUCUACCAGCCCAAGGACGCCGGCGAGCUGCAUGUGAAGCCUGAGGGCGGCAAGCACAAGCGCCACAUGGCCCACGCUCUGGUGCGCUACUGGGCGCCCCCCUCUGCCCACGACGACCUCGUGGACGCGUGGCACGAGGCCAUGGAGGAGACCAGCAAGGAGAAGGGCGUUCGCAUCUACUCCCUGCGCAAGUGGGCCAGCUAUGGCACAUGGGACUCCAUGGAGGACCUCCACGACCACUUUGAGUCUGAGCACGUGGACAAGCUCAAGGACAGGCUGGCCAAGCUUAGGGUGUACUGGCGCAUCACCCUGCUCCACAAGGUCGGGGACCAGCCCGAGUGA